CCAUCAAUAGUAUCGAUGGCGCUAUUAAUUUUUCUCCCAGCCCUGGAAAGUUCUUUUUCGCUUCAAAAUGGCAAAUCGUGGUGGUCGUCAUGCUCGCACAGAGGAUUCAGAUAAUACCAUAAACUAUGUGCAAUGUGACGGUUUGGCCGUCAUGAAAAUGGUGAAGCACUGCCAUGAGGAGUCCAGCAACAUGGAUCUGGCCCAGGGCGCCCUGCUCGGCUUGGUGGUGGACAAGUGCCUGGAGAUCACCAACUGCUUCCCGUUCCCCAAGAGCGGCGACGAGACAAUGGACGAGGAGAUGUACCAGCUGACCGUGAUGCGUCGCUUGCGCCGCGUGAACGUGGAUCACUUGCAUGUGGGCUGGUAUCAGAGCUCCGACGUGGGCAACAGCCUGUCGCUGGCUCUGCUCGAGUCCCAGUAUCACUAUCAGACCAGCAUCGAGGAGUCUGUGGUCGUGGUCUACGAUACGCAGAAGUCCGCUCGCGGCUUCCUCUGCCUGAAGGCCUACCGGCUGACACCGCAGGCCAUACAGAUGUACAAGGACGGCGAUUUUACUCCCGAGGCAUUCCGUACGCUGAAGGUGGGCUACGAGAGUCUGUUUGCAGAGAUUCCAAUCGUGAUCAAGAACUCGCCAUUGACUAACAUCAUGAUGAGCGAGCUGAAUGAGUUGCUGCCCGAGGACAAGGGGCACAACUUCUUGGAUCUGGGCACCGCCUCAGUGCUGGAGAAUCACAUGCGCAGCUUGAUUGAGCGCGUCGAUGAGCUGUACCAGGAAGCAGUGCGCUAUAACAAGUACCAGCAAGUGGUGUUCAAGCAGGAUUCGGACAAAAACCGUGCUCUGGCCAAGCUGGCCGCUGAGAACGCUGUGCGCACCUCGAAGGGUGAGCCGACGGUGGCCGAGGAGGAGGUCAUCAAGCAGUUCCGCCCCAUGCCCGUGCCGGCCAGGCUGACGGCCACAAUCACCUCUGGACAGAUCAACACACACUCGCAGCACAUUGCCCAAUUCUGCUCUCAGUCGCUGGCCAAACUCUUCAUCACCGAAUCGCUGCAGAACGCCAAGGAAGCCAAGGAAAUCAAGUAGAUUCAAAUACGUUUUAGACACAAAGCGAGCCGAGGCAUCCUCUAGAGAUGUAUGCAUACACUACUGAUGACCAAAAUAAAUCCAUAAACCAUUCAGCA